AUGAUCGGUGGUCUCCUGGGCUACGCAAUCGGACACAUAACCACCGGCUCCCUUGAACGCUGGAUGUAUGUAUUCAUCAUCUUCGGCAGCAUCAGUAUCGUCUGGGGUAUCGUGGUGCUCGUAUUUCUUCCCGACAUUCCCUCGACCGCAAAGUUCUUAACCGAGAGAGAAAGAUAUGUUGCAGUGGAGAGAGUGGCCAGCAACAGACAAGGUGUCAAGAACACUCAUUUCAAGAGAUAUCAAUUAGUGCAGACAUUACAAGAUCCAAAGACUUGGAUUCUGUUUGUUAUGGCUGUGGGUGCUCAGGUGCCUAAUUCUGCUAUUACGAGUGUAAGUGUUUCUGUUCAAGCUUUUGGCUACGAGGAAAAAGUGCAGAAGCUGAUGCAAAUACAAAACAGUNUCACCUCCAUAAUCGUCGGCUCUUUCGGCUUCGAUACCCUUGGCACCCAGUACCUGCAAAUUCCCGGCGGCUUCAUUCAAUUCAUUGCUCUCAUCGGUGGCGGCUUCAUUUGCUCGCGUUACCCCAACUCUCGCUGCAUCGUCAUGAUAGCUGCAAACUGCAUCUGUAUCCUUGGAGCUGCGAUGCUUGUCGGUCUCCCUUCAAGCAACAAAUGGGGUAGAUUGGUAGCAUUGUGGUUAUGCUAUUUCCAAGGCUUGGGAUUCAGUAUGAGUUUGACUAUGGUGAGCAGUAAUGUGGCUGGAUAUACGAAGAAACAGUGUACGGGCACGAUUCUGUUCGUGGGAUAUUGUGUGGGCAACAUCAUUGGUAAGUUUGCCUCCGCUCUUGCCUUAUGUCCGUUCUUGCAGAGACUGACAGAAAGCAACANNAUAGGACCCCAAACUUUCAGAGACAGCGAAAAGCCUGGCUACCACAGUGCUUACAUAGCCAUGUUGGUGGGCUAUGUUGUUAAACUGGGUAUGGUUGUUGUUCUGUACAUCUACAUGUAUACAGCAAACAAGAAACGCGAUCGCGAGGCUGGACAAAUGUCUCUGGAGGAAGAGAGGUUGGCUAUUGAGCAAGGCAUGCAAGAUCAGACUGAACUUGACAACAAGGGAUUCAGAUAUACUCUAUAG